GAGGAGGCGGAGAGGCCGGCGCGGCAGGAGGCGGGUUUCCCCGCCGCAGCAGCGCCGCGCACCUGGGUGCAGCACCGAGCACCGACGUGCGGCACCGAGCCGGAGUACCGAGAGCCAGAGUACCGAGAACCGGCUGGCGCGGAGCAUGGCGCGGGAGCUGAGCCAGGAGGCCGUGCUGGACUUCCUCUGGGCGGCCGGGGGCCGAGCCCCCAACACGGCGCUGCUCCGCCACUUCCAGCGUUUCCUCCGCGACCCGGCGCUGACCGAGCAGCAGCGGCGAGAGCGCCGCGAAUACUUCAAGAGCCUUGUCAAUUCCCUGGCCACCGUCCACCCCGCCGCCGCCCCCGGCGCCUCCAAGGACAUCGUCCUCCGCCGCAGGUACCGCGACCUCCUCGAUGAGGAGCUGCCGCCGCCGGAGAAACAGAAGGAGAAGGAGGAGGAGGAGGAGGAGAAGAUGGAGCCGCCGCCCCCGCCCCGACGCGACCCCGACCGGCGGCGCGACCCCCCAGGGGAGGCGGCGGAGAAAGGGCGGCCCGGCUGGGGGCGACCCCCGGGGGCCGUCGUCGCGGGGGGCUGCGCCGCCCGGGGCCGCGGCGGACUCUGCUGUGAGUGCCGCCGGGCGCGCCGCGCUGCCGCCGCCACCCCGCCCCCGUACCGGACCCGGCCGCUGUCCUCGGCCCCCUGGGCGCUGCACCCCGACGGGCCACCCCGCUCCCGGCCCCCCCCGGCGCUGCCGUCGGGUCCUGGGGCGCUGACCCCCGCUGGGCCGUCCCGGUCCCGAUCGCCGCAGCUGCCUCCCGCCGGGCCGCCCCCGUACGAGACCCUGCAGCCGCCGUCAGCCAGACCAUCCCGGUCUCGGUCUCCGCCGGGACCCGGGGUGCUGCUUCCCACUGUGUCAGCCCCGUUCGGGUCCCGGCCACAACAACGCCCUAGAGGGCUGCCCCCAACCCAAUCCCUGCCGCCGCCGCGCCCCGGCGUGCUGCCCCCUGACAGGCUGCCUCAGCCCCGGUCUCCGCCACAGAUCCCUGCCGGGAUGCCCCUACUGAAGGCCCCACCACCCUCAGCGGGCCCAGGGGUAAAGCCCUCCACCGGUCCAUUCCAGUCCCCACUGCUGUCAUCAGGUCCCAGGGUGCUGUCCCCGACCGAGCUGCCCCCAUCCCGGUCCCCACAGCCACCCCUCGCCGAUUCACCCCCAUCCCGGUCCCUGCCAUUGCUGUCCACCUCAGGGGUGCUGCCCCUGUCCCGGUCCCUGCAGACACUCCCUGCCAGCUCCUCCCCAUCCCCACCACGUCUAUCAGGCCCAGAUGUGCUACCCUUCACCAGGCUGUCCCCAUCACAGUCCCGGUCCCUGCAGCAACUUCCCACCAGGCCAUCCCCAUCCCCAACGAGGAGAUCCAGGGUUCUGACCCCAAACGGACCAACCCAAUCUCAAGCCCUGCUGCUGCACCCAUACCAAACCCUGCCGCUGCCAUCAGGUCCUGGGGUGCUGCCCCCCACCAGGCCACCUCCAUCCCAAUCCCCAUCACAGUACCCCACCCAGCCACCCCCAUCCCCGCAGAUGCUCCCUGCCAGGCCACCGCCAUCCCAGUCCUUGCUGCCAGCACGGGGCCCCACAGGGCCCCAGGCCCCAGAGAGCAGCCCCCCAGCACAGCUGCCCGUCUUCAGGAGCAUCAGGUGCCAGCUUGCUUUGUUGGAGGUGCAGGGCAUCACCCCGUCACCACCAGAUGACUGUGGGCAGCAGCCCCGCACAAUGACCUCCAAGAGCUUCUCUAGGAACAUCUCAAGCCGGGGGCUGUCGGUGCCGCUGGGGCAGCGGGAACACGCCUGGCUAGUGGCCAUGUCAGCAGGGUGCUGGGCUCAGGUGCGAGGGCUCUUCCUGGAAGAGCCGGAGCUGGCCCUGCAUCGGGACUUCAUGACAGGCUUCACAGUCCUUCACUGGCUGGCCAAGCACGGCGAUGGGCCGGGCCUGCAGGAGCUGGCAGCGGCGGCACGGCAGGCUGGGCUGGCCCUGGAUGUGGAUGCCCGCUCGGGCUGCGGGUACACUCCGCUGCACCUGGCUGCCAUACACGGCCACCAGCUUGUCAUCAAGGUGCUGGUGCUGCAACUGGGGUGCCAGGUGCAGGUCCGGGACGGCAACGGGCGACGGCCCUGGGAGUACCUAGGCAGCUCCACCUCGGGGGAGAUCUGGCAGCUCCUGGAGGCACCCCGAGGCACGAUUAUGUUCCCCACGCAGCCCCUGGCCCGCAGCGUGUCAUCUCUCAGCAAGGUCUCGCCGUCCGCCGGCAGGGCAGCGCUGCCUGCCUGCCUCAGGCCGCAGCGCGGCCGUGGGGCAGCAUCCCACCGAACUGGCAGCGAGAGUGACUGAGACACAGCUCCCUGGCAAUCCCUGCCAGUGGAGAUGGGACCUCGGUGGCCAUUCCACAAGAGGAAGCCAGGCAGGCCGAAAAAAAGCUGUGAAACAGAUUGAACCUAUUGAAGAAUGUACUCUUAAAUUAAUCCAAUGAACCGUUGUCCGAGCCUCUCUGCCCUCCCUCCCAUUUCUUGCUUUUCUGCCAGUGAGAAGAU